AUGUGUGUCUCAAGUCCCAUGUACAAAAGAGUCGCCUUUGCCCUCAUCACCCUCGCACUUUCUAUUCUUAUUCAUUACACCGAUUUCUCCAUGCUCAGAGCCAUGAUGCCCAAGUCUACACCAAAGAACGUCGUCGUUGUAGGCGGUUCGUACGUCGGACUCUCCCUCGCCGAAUCACUUGCCAAAACAUCACAAGACCGUUUCCGCGUCUUGCUUGUAGAGAAAAACAGUCACUUCCAGCAUCUCUUUGCCUUUCCGCGGUAUGCGCUUACAACGAAAGUCGACACACACAAAGCCUUUAUUCCCUACCAGAAGAGCCGACUCGGCCAAGAAGGCCUGAUAAUCCAGGCAAAAGCGCUGCAGCUGACAAAGGAGGAGAUCAUUCUGGAUCGAGAGGUAGAACUAGAUGGACAGAAGACGAACAGAUUUCCUUAUGCGGCGCUGGCAAUCACCACAGGGACGAAAUUAAGCCCGCCGAGUACAUUGCCUGGGAGCGAGAAGCUGGACGGAACGACGUACCUGCGCAAACACGCCGCGCAAGUCGAGGCCAGCAAGAAGAUUGUCAUCAUCGGCGGCGGAGCAGUCGGCGUCCAGAUGGCCACAGAUAUCAAGCAGCUCUACCCAGAGAAGAGCGUCACACUAGUGCACUCACGAGCGAACGUGAUGAACAAAUUCCACCCCGGGUUGCACGCCAUUGUGCAGCAGCGAUUCGACGAGCUAGGCGUACAAACCGUGCUUGGAAAGCGAGUGAAGCUGCCAGAAGCGGGAUACCCAACCAACGGCACAACAUUCGACGUCGAGCUCGUCGACGGUACAAGGAUAUCCGCCGACUUCGCCAUCAUAUCGACAGGCCAGACGCCACAGUCGGAGAUGCUGCGCUCCCUGGCGCCCGAGGCCGUCGACGAGCAGUCUUUCAUCAGAGUAAAGGACACGCUGCAGAUCCAGCAUGACUCGUAUCCCAACAUCUUUGCACUCGGCGAUGUUGCCGCGACGAAAGCGCACAAAGCCGCGAGACCAGCGCUCAAGCAGGCGGAAGUCGUUGCGGAGAAUAUCCAACACUUGCUGUCUGACAGCAGUGAAGAGCUGAAAAAGUACCGAGUCACAGAUCCAGCGGCGAUUCAUUUGACGCUGGGUAUUGAGAAGAGCGUCAUCUUCAGAAACCCAACGCAAGACGGGAGUGAGGGCAGCGAGGAGCCGGUCAUCAUGCACAAGGAUGAUGGGAAGUUCGAUAUGGGUAUUGAUGGAGUUUGGGCGAGGAUGGGCGCGGACAUCAGUCAAGCGAUGUUGUGA